CACAACUCACACCCCUGUACUCUAACGACUAAACUUCGGCCAGCGGUGGAUACAGCUAUCCCGUAUGAGUCCACCAUUCUAGCUCAAGAAAAUGCUGCCAUGAACGCUUACAUGGUCUGUCGCGCGUUCUCGGUCAAUGGUGGCAUGUUGGCCCGUCACGGCAUUAUCCAGGGUCUCCCG